CGCCGAGCCGGUGCGGAGCAUCAUCCUGCCGGCAGCUGAAGGGCGGCGCGCUGCCAGCUGCCAUCCAGAGGCACGGAGCCAGGUCCCCAAAGUGAAGAGAACGUUCUGAAAUGCAGAAAGGCUUAUCUGCAGCCGCAAAUGGGAAUCUGGAAUAACUAUGAAAAACACACUGAAAUAAUUGUGUUUGACUGGAACAAAAUUCUUGCAAAGUCCCCAAGGAUGAGAUUCUGUGCCAAAUCAAUGCUUCUAUCUGACUGGCUUUUUCUGGUCUAUGUGUUAAUGGUCUGCUGUAAAUUGCUGUCCGCCUCUAGCCACCAUCCCCGGGGACACACAGGCCAGCACCAAGUCAAGCAAGGGACAUGUGAGGUUGUGGCAGUGCAUCGUUGCUGCAAUAAGAACCGGAUUGAGGAACGAUCGCAAACAGUCAAGUGCUCCUGCUUCCCGGGGCAGGUGGCUGGGACAACGCGGGCUCAGCCCUCGUGUGUGGAAGCUUCUAUUGUCCUGCAGAAGUGGUGGUGUCAUAUGAACCCCUGUUUGGAUGGAGAGGACUGUAAGGUGCUACCAGACUACUCAGGGUGGUCUUGCAGCAGUGGAAAUAAAGUCAAAACCACAAAGGUAACACGGUAGCAAAGAAUAAACCUGUGUGUCCUACUGGAACAAUGGUGUGUGCAACUGCAUUGCUUGGCUGUUAGACAGAGACCCUAUUUUGUGAGGGUGCUACUGACUUCAUUCUUUGAACUUGCAAAAUGACUUAGUGAAAAGAACAACUCUUCUUUCAACCGUGGCUGCAGUUCCUGAAGCUGGAUUUUGCUAUACAGAACAAUGAAUGUUUAAUUUAGUGAGAAAACACAAGGAGAUUCGGUUCUACCUGAAAUGCACCUUGGAUUCUCCAGCUUCUGCCACCUGACAGCAUUUUGUAGAAGCACAAACCUGAACUUCUGCAGUACAUCAAGGACAAAACUUUCUUUGUGAUGCUGAGAUAUAUAAAAUUGCUCUAAAAGAGUUUAGAUUAUGAAAUUAACCUAGGAUACCAUAGAAAGAAAAUUCUUACAUUGGAACCAUUAUGGGUUUGUCUGAGGUACUUCUCACAGUACAGCAGAAAAAUACAAAGCGGAUCCCAGUGCUGACAGGGCAGUGUUAGUAAAUAACAUAUUAGUGUAUUUUCAGCUGUGAUUUAGUAACUAUCAAGGUUGUUAGAAAGUGAGAAGAUGGCACUUAUAAAUCAGUAAUGAUUAUAGUAUGGCAUACUUUGGUUAUAUCUUUGCAAUUGAAUUUAUUUCCUUAGGUAGUUAUAGGUACUUUAAUUUUUACAUUCACAAGUGAUGGCAGGGAAGCAUGAGGAAGAGACAAAAUUGGAAAGUAGAUAAAGCUUUUGCUGUCCUAAAAUAAAUCCAUUCU